ACAGAAUUAACAAGCGUUCGAAACUGCUCAAGCAGACGCUCAAGCAGAGCUUGUUGACCGUAUUCCUGUACCACACGAUGGAGAAAUUAGUACUGAAGAUAUUGCAGUUCUUCAUGAUAUCUUGGAAACUGUGCGUCACCAGCAGCGAAGCACUCCCCCCAAGUUCUCUAUGUUCCCAAAUCCCAGUCUUAAAUGGAGAUUUAUCAAAAUUGAUCCAGAGAACAUCCUUCACUUUUUUGGGCAUGAACGUCUCACAAGACUUAGAAGUGAGAGCAAGCUCGACUACUUCGCAAGAUGCUUUUUCCGCAUUUUUGACUUUUCCGCUUUGCUAAGAAUCAAUGACCCUCAAAAUCUGCAGGCUCUUCCCUCGAUCAAAGGCAGGAUGUUUCUGAACAGCACUUACACUGAUGGCUACACCUGUAGGGUUUCUUUCGCCCGAAGAAGACUAGUUUCUACGCCAACGGAACAACUUGAGUUAGCAGAUUUCAAAGGUUAUGAGAUUGAUCAAUUUUUCCGUCCUGUUACCGUCGACCCCGGCCGUAGAGAUGUUUAUGUCUCAUACCACGGUGGUCAACACAUCCGCAAACUCUCUACAAAAGAAUAUUAUCUCAAUCUGGCUCUCCUGGAAGGUCUAAAUUGGAGGAUCAGCGCAAGCAAAGAGUCAGAGUUAAAGAGCUCGAAACAAACAUACCGACUACGAAAACUGCUGAUGAUAUGGCUUAUCGCAAUUAUGUUGGGUAUAUGUGCCAACAUAUGGAUCAGUUCUAUAACUUCUACGAUUAUAGGACGGCGGAAAUUAAAUGGAAAACUUUCGUGGCUCUCAGGUCGCAAAAGAUACUGCUGUGAACAUCUUGCUGAACGGCUCGAAGAAGUACAAUAAAAGAAAGAGAAAUAAAACGAGCCAUAACAGAAGGAUGCGGGAAAACAUGAACAAUAGGAGAAACCCUGGAAUAGUUUACAGGCCUAUGGUUCCAAGAAAAGCAGGGCUAUUUAUGUCUGUUGAAUAUAGAUGAAUUCAAAACUUCAAAAGUUUGUAAUUCAUGUAGACAGGAGACUUUGGAAAACUUAACUGCCGCCAACGGACA